UAUUAGUUUUCAUGACUUUUUAUGACGCUCAAUAGAAUGUGACAGUAGCGACAUUUUUGAAUUGGUGUAUACUAUCGACGUUUCGACGUUUCCUCACGUUUUAUGUUUACUGACAAAUAGCAUAAUUAUUUUGCCGGUGUAUUUUUUGUAUAAAAGUUCAAAAAUAUAAUUAUAAAAAAAAUAAAAUGAAGUUAGUAAGAUUCCUAAUGAAACUCAGUCAUGAGACUGUCACGAUAGAAUUAAAAAAUGGUACACAAGUUCAUGGCACAAUUACUGGUGUAGAUGUGGCAAUGAAUACCCAUUUAAAAACAGUUAAAAUGACAAUCAAAAAUCGUGAACCUCAGCAGUUAGAUACGUUAAGUUUGAGAGGCAAUAACAUUAGGUAUUAUAUUUUACCUGAUUCAUUGCCAUUGGAAACUCUACUUAUUGAUGACACUCCAAAAGCUAAAGCAAAAAAGAAGGAAGCUGCAAGAGGCGCAACCAGAGGUCGUGGUCGUGGUGGCCGUGGAGCUCGUGGAGGUCGUGGAGGCCGUGGAAGAGGUCGAGGUCGACGUUAGUAUUAAUGUUUCCACCAAUAAAAAUUAAUCAAUUGUAAGUUGAUAAAUAAGAUU